AUGGUUCAUAAUGAAGCAAUUGAUCCCAACGGUAACCUUAAUUUGAGAAUAACAGAGGCUGCUCUGAUUAAGAUGUUUUCUCCCUUUGGAAAGAUUGUAGCUGAAGACUUUCUGAGGCAUACUAGUGGCCCAAAACGCGGUGAGCCACGAGGCUUUGCUUUCAUCCAAUAUAGCACAAAAGAGGAAGCUAAAUUGGCCAAGGAGAAGAUGCAUGGGAAAUUAGCUUGUGGGCGCCAGUUGGUUGUCCGUCUUGCUAGUGAGAAAUACUUGGUGGAAACAACAAAGAAGUUGUCCAAAGGUGUGGGUGACUCACAUAAGACAAGCCUUUCUGGUAGUAGUUCAGGACAGAGGAGUCGAAUUGUGAAAAUUGCUGCAAUCAAGAACAAAUUAAAAGCUAUGGAAGAGGAUAGCUCUAUUUCGAAGAAGCAGAAGCUAGCUGAAAGAAUCUCUAGUAGUGCAAGUUUGGAUCGGCCCUUUGGCAAAAGAUGA